GUAAACAAAAACCCGGGAAAGUGCCCACAGACCCUAGCCUGCUGGUGGCAGCUCUGUUUCCAGUGCUACAGCCCGGGGGAGACUACAAACCGCAGUCCUGCAUUCCUGUGGAACGAACCGCCAUCCUCAUCCCAUACCGGCAUCGCUGGGAGCAUCUCUUCACACUGCUGCCCGUCCUUAUCCCCAUGUUGAUCCGUCAGAACUUGCACUUUACUAUUUUUAUUAUUGAGCAGGACCUGCCAUCCAAGUUCAACAAGGGCUUGCUAUUUAACGUGGGCUUUCUGGAGGCCUUGAAGAUGGACAACUACACGUGCUUUAUCCUGCACGAUGUGGACAUGCUCCCCGCGGAUGACCGGAACAUGUACAGGUGUCGGGAGGACAGCCCCGUUCACCUGGUGGCUUCCCUGGAUAAGUUUGCUUACAAGCUCCUAUAUGCUGGUCUGUUUGGUGGCGUGGUCGGCUUCACACGGAAACAGUUCGAGCUCAUCAAUGGCGCCUCCAACAUGUACUUUGGUUGGGGAGCCGAGGACGACGAUAUGAGAGACAGAGCUCUAAAUAGAAAUCUAACCAUUGUGAGGAGCAAGCCAGAAAUAGCCAUCUACGACAUGAUUGAUCACGGGGUGGAGGGGGCUGGCUGGAAGGAGAAUAGAGACAGGUUCCACGUCUUUGCCCCCCGGUUAAAGCGACAAAACAUCGACGGGUUGAAUUCGGCUGUGUACAAGAUCUCCAAGACGAGGGCGCUGCCUCUCUUCACCUGGAUCAACGUAGCAGUAGACGAGCAACAAGUGCUGGCGACUGUACCUAAACAUUUGAGGAGAGCAACGAAAGCGGACGUCAACUACAUGGGCCCAAAGAUUAAAUACGCCAAACUGUGA